AAGAAGAAGAAGAAGAAAAACUCGUGAAAUUCCAAUACCGGACGACCACACCACGGGAAAUCUAGCUUAGAUCGAUGUGCUGAUAGUGUUACUGUUGUUACUCCCUCUCCAAUUACAGAGGAUGCAGAUGGCUUCCCUGUCGCCACCACUGUCAUGCCAUCACAACCAGAAGGUUCCCUUUCUUCGCAAAAUAACUUCUGUACCAAAUAACAAUCCUUUCCGUUCAAUUUUGAUUCCAAAAGCAUCUCUUUCUCUCUCAAGACAAACCCAGCCAAAAAAUCGCCUUCCUUUUACCGACAACUUAUCUCAUCAGGCUUCUUAUCUUCAACACAUACACGAGCUUUGCGAGUCCGGGAACCUCAAUGAGGCUCAUACUUUCCUGAGAGAAGAUUUUGACAGUUCUGUUUCCGCUUCAGAGCAGAAAGGAGAAGCUAUGGUGGUCUUACUUCAGGCUUGUACGCGCUAUAAAGACAUCGAGGUUGGUCGGAAAGUUCACGAAAUGGUCUCGGCUUCGACUCAAUUCAGGAACGACUUUGUUCUUAAUACCCGUCUAAUUACUAUGUACUCUAUGUGCGGGUCCCCCUCGGAUUCUCGUUUCGUUUUUAAUGGCAUGCAGAAGAAGAACUUGAUUCAGUGGAAUGCGCUUCUUAGUGCCUAUGCCAGAAACGACCUUUUUCAUGAUGCAAUUUUGUUGUUUGUCGAGUUGAUCUCUGCUACGGAAUUCAGUCCGGAUAAUUUCACCUUGCCUUGCGUGAUUAAGGCGUGCUCUGGACUUUUGAACCUGACUUUGGGCAAGGUAAUCCAUGGAUUAGCGGUAAAGAUGGCUUUUUUCUCGGAUGGAUUUGUGGGUAAUGCAUUGAUUGCAAUGUAUGGAAAAUGUGGGUGUAUCGAGGAAGCUUUGCAAGUGUUUGAAUGUAUGCCUGAAAGAAACUUGGUUUCUUGGAAUUCGAUUAUGUAUGUAUUUUCGGACAAUGGGCUUUCUCGGGACAGCUAUGAUCUAUUUGAGGGGCUUCUUAAUAGCGAGCAAAGUCUCAUACCGGAUUCUGCUACUAUGGUGACGAUAAUACCUGUAUCUGCUUCUAAAAGUGAAGUGAACACGGGGAUGUUACUUCAUGGUUUGGCUUUAAAAUUGGGUCUGAGUCAAGAAUUGAUGGUGAACAAUUCCCUAGUUGACAUGUAUGCAAAAUGCGGCUACUUGCCUGAAGCGCAUAUUCUGUUUGAUAGGAAUGAUCAGAGAAAUGUGGUUUCUUGGAAUUCCCUGAUUGGGGGAUACUCUAAAGAAGGAGAUGCUCAUGGAACAUUUGAUCUCCUGCGAAAAAUGCAGACGGAAGAUGAGAUAGUGGUAAAUGAGGUGACCCUGUUGAAUGUCCUGCCAGCUUUUUUAGAUGAGUUCCAACUGAGGAGCUUGAAAGAACUGCAUGGUUACGCUUUCAGGCAUGGAUUUCAAGAUUAUGAAUUGGUUGCCAAUGCUUUUGUUGCUGCUUAUGCAAAGUGUAUGUCACCCUCCUAUGCUGAGCGUGUCUUUCAUGGCAUGAAGACUAAAACGGUGAGCUCUUGGAAUGCAUUAAUUGGCGGCCAUGCACAAAAUGGUUUUCCUGGAAAGGCUUUGGACUCGUACCUUCUAAUGACAGAAUCUGGCUUAGAUCCUGAUUCGUUUACUAUAGGAAGCCUUCUUCUAGCCUGCGCCCACCUGAAACUACUACAAUAUGGCAAAGAGAUUCAUAGCUUUAUGCUGCGUAAUGGCCUUGAGUUAGAUGAAUUUGUUGGAAUAUCAUUACUGUCACUUUACAUUCAUUGUGAGGAAAUACUACCAGCAAAACUCUUGUUUGAUAGGAUGGAAGACAAAAGUGUAGUAAGUUGGAACUCAAUGAUUAGUGGUUUUUUGCAGAGUGAACUUCCUGUUGAAGCCAUUAACACAUUUCGUCAAAUGCUUUCAAAUAGAAACCAACCUCAUGAGAUAGCCAUAAUAGGUGUCAUUGGGGCUUGUUCACAGCUAUCAGCUCUGCGUCUGGGGAAAGAAGUUCACUGCUUUGUGUUAAAAGCUCACCUAACAGAGGACACCUACAUUAGUUGUUCGCUGAUAGACAUGUAUGCAAAAACUGGGUGCAUGAAACAAUCUCGAAACAUUUUUGACAGGGUAAAGGAGAGAGAUGAAGCAUCAUGGAAUGUUAUAAUUGCAGGAUAUGGAAUUCAUGGGCAUGGACAUGAGGCUAUAGAGCUAUUUGAAAUGAUGCAAACCUCAGGCUGCAAGCCAGAUUCUUUGACAUUUAUAGGACUUUUAAUGGCAUGUAGCCAUUCUGGCUUAGUAACAGAAGGGCUAAAAUAUCACCGUCAGAUGCAGAGUUUGUAUGGUAUAGAGCCCAAACUAGAGCACUAUGCUUGUGUGGUAGACAUGCUUGGUCGAGCAGGCCAGCUGAAUGAAGCCUUAAAACUUGUGAACGAGAUGCCUGAGGAACCAGAUUCAGGGAUAUGGAGUUCAUUACUUAGUUCCUGUAGGAAUUAUGGUGAUUUGGAUAUUGGGGAGAAAGCUUCCAGCAAGUUGCUAGAGUUAGGGCCAGAAAAGGCUGAAAACUAUGUAUUGCUAUCAAAUUUGUAUGCUGCGCUGGGGAAAUGGGAUGAUGUGAGAAAAGUGAGGCAGAGGAUGAAGGGGAUUGGCCUUCAAAAAGAUGCAGGGUGCAGCUGGAUUGAGGUAGGAGGUAAAGCAUAUAGAUUUCUUGUUGGGGAUGCAUCACUGUCAGAAUCAAAGAAAAUUAGGCAGACAUGGAUGAAAUUGGAGAAGAAAAUAUGCAAAAUUGGAUAUAAACCUGACACAAGUUGUGUGCUUCAUGAACUGGAAGAAGAUGAGAAGAUUGAGAUACUGCGGGGUCAUAGUGAGAAGCUUGCAAUUUCUUUUGGAUUAUUAAAUACGCCUAAAGGUUCACCGCUGAGAGUUUGCAAAAAUCUACGUAUUUGUGUAGACUGUCAUAAUGCUGCUAGAUUCAUAUCAAAGGUUAUUAAAAGGGAGAUUAUCGUACGGGACAACAAGCGCUUUCAUCAUUUUAGCAAUGGGCUUUGUUCCUGUGGAGAUUAUUGGUAGUUAAAGGUGUAAACAAGUUUAUUCGUUGAUUUGUCUGGAUGUGAAGACUUCCAGAAACCAUCAAAUAAGUUACAGCUACAGAACUGCUUCUGCUUUAUUAUUGGAUUUGAAACUUCUGUACAGAUUAGCAGGUUCUAUUUGAAGCCCUCUCAAGGGUUGAUAAAAAUCAAGCCUGAAUCAAUGACUGAUAUGUUUUGACAAA